UUAAGCGUUUCUGAAGUGUAACACUGUACUCGAGGAAGAUUACAGGGGAGCACGCGAGUCAACGGAGGUUACACGAGGGGGCGGACAAAGAAUGCGAAAGGACUCGAAAGGUCGCAACUGGAGGUUGCGACUGACCGUUACAACAUCACGGAUGCCUGCCAUCUCCAUCACCCCUCUAAGAUUUCCCGUCCCCCGUUCCCUCGCCUCGAGGAGCCUCUUUCCCCCUCAGCACUCCGCACACUGCUUCUUCCGUUCCCAUUUCUUGCACCUCACCUAGCGCAUGAUGACUGUUUUGUCUCCGACUUCUCACUUCGUUCUCGACCGUUCGCUGCUCGCAUCGUCGCGCGCCUCGCCUCGUGCUUUAGUCGCCUCCUCCUUCACGCCCCCCACCAAACCUCUCGCUCACACCGCGCGAAUGGCUCCCGGAGCCUUCCGCGCCCCAGCCACCCCCGCCAUCCAUGCUGGCGGGACCGUCGGGGGAAACGACUCGCAGGCGCAGCAGCACGCGGACCCCGGCGGAAGCAGCGCGCCGAUGAGCGCGGGAGCGGCGGAGAAGUACGGGGUGCUGGCGGCGGUGAUUGCAGCGCGCGGGGGCUGCGCGGUGCUAGACGGCGGGCUGGCGACGGAGCUGGAGCUGCGCGGGGCGGACCUCAACGACCCGCUGUGGUCCGCCAAGUGCCUCAUGGAGGACGAAGCGUCCAGCCUCGUGCGCAAGGUUCAUCUGGACUACUACCGCGCGGGUGCCGACAUAUCCAUCUCCGCCUCGUACCAGGCGACCAUCCAGGGCUUCAAGGCGCGCGGGCUGUCGGAGGGGCAGGCGGAGGCGCUGUUGGCGCGGAGCGUGCAGCUGGUGGCGGAGGCGCGCGACCGCUUCUGGGCGCAGCACUGCGCGGAGGCGGAGAGCAGGGGGGAGCGGGUGGAGCGCGCGGAGGGGGGCGUGGAGCGCGUGGCGGGGCGAGUGAAGCCGCUGGUGGCGGCGUCCGUGGGCAGCUAUGGCGCGUUCCUGGCGGACGGCUCCGAGUACAGUGGCGACUACGGGCCGGAAAUGACGGUGGAGCGCCUAAUGGACUUCCACCGCCGCAGACUGCAGGUGCUGGCGGCAGCGGGGCCGGACGUCAUUGCCAUGGAGACCAUCCCAUGCCGCAUUGAGGCUCAGGCGCUGGUGCAGCUGUUGGAGGAGCACGCGCAGCAGGGCGGCCCCCCGGUGCCCGCAUGGGUGUGUUUCAACAGCAAGGACGGCCGCACCGCGCCCUCCGGCGACCCCUUCGCUGCGUGCAUCGCGACGGCGGCUGCCAGCCAGCACGUGGUGGCGGUGGGGGUGAACUGCACGCCGCCGCGAUUCAUCCUGCCGCUGCUGCAGGCCGCCAAGCAGGUGACGUCGAAGCCGCUGGUAGUGUACCCCAACAGUGGCGAGGCGUGGGACGGCAUCAACAAGGAGUGGGUGCCCUGCAGUGGGCUGAGCGACGAUGGCUUCGUGUCGUACGCGCCCGAGUGGGUGAGUGCUGGGGCGGCAGUGCUUGGCGGUUGCUGCCGCACCACACCACACACCAUCUUCAGCAUCGCGGCUUGCAUCCACUGCCGUGGAGAGAAGGGGGUGGGGGGGAAGAGAGUGGGACCUAUUGUUGUUCGUACAGACACAGAGGUAGAUGCAGCAGUUGCCAUUUGACACACCUUCCCAACAUUUUGCUGCAAUCUCUUUUCCACAGGUUACUUGGUGCAUUGUACAUCUUCAUUUGCUUUCAUGUUCCUAGAUUGUUUUUAUAAUGUGAUGUUUAGUUUUUCUCUGACGUUGGGCGUUUAGCUUGUGUAAUCGAUUUCCUUUUACAAAUGAG